CGCGGAGCCGGGCCGGGAGCGCGAGCCGCGAGGAGCCGCCGCCGCCGCCGCCGCCGCCAUGGGGAGCCGCGUUUCGCGGGAGGACUUCGAGUGGGUCUACACCGACCAGCCCCACGCCGCUCGGCGCCGGGAGAUCCUGGCAAAGUAUCCAGAGAUAAAAUCCUUGAUGAAACCUGAUUCCAACCUGAUAUGGAUUGUAGUUAUGAUGGUCCUCAUGCAGUUGGCUGCAUUUUACUUAGUAAAAGACUUGGACUGGAAAUGGGUCAUAUUUUGGGCCUAUACCUUUGGCAGUUGCGUUAACCACUCAAUGACUCUGGCUAUUCAUGAGAUUUCUCACAAUUCUGCCUUUGGCCACUGCAAAGCCAUGUGGAAUCGCUGGUUUGGAAUGUUUGCUAACCUUCCUAUUGGGCUUCCAUAUUCAGUUUCCUUUAAGAGGUAUCACAUGGAUCAUCAUCGAUACCUUGGAGCCAAUGGCAUCGAUGUGGAUAUUCCUACCGAUUUUGAGGGCUGGUUCUUCUGUACCACUUUCAGAAAGUUUAUAUGGGUUAUUCUUCAGCCUGUCUUUUAUACUUUUCGACCUCUGUUCAUCAACCCCAAACCAAUUACUUAUCUAGAAAUUAUCAAUACUGUGACUCAGAUCAUUUUUGACAUUAUAAUUUACUACUUUUGGGGAAUUAAAUCUUUAGUCUACAUGUUGGCAGCAUCUGUCCUUGGUCUGGGUUUGCACCCAAUUUCUGGACAUUUUAUAGCUGAACAUUACAUGUUCUUAAAGGGACAUGAAACUUACUCAUAUUAUGGGCCUCUGAAUUUACUUACCUUCAACGUGGGUUAUCAUAAUGAACAUCAUGACUUCCCCAACAUUCCUGGAAAAAGCCUUCCACUGGUGAGGAAAAUAGCAGCUGAAUACUACGACAGCCUCCCCCACUACAAUUCCUGGGUGAAAGUCCUGUACGAUUUUGUGACGGACGACACAAUAAGUCCCUACUCAAGAAUGAAGAGGCAUCAAAAAGGGAAGGUGACGCUGGAGUAAGGGUCAUCAGAGCCAAAGGAAUUCCUCUUGGCAACGUCAGAAUAGGUGAUACAGCGAGAUUUGCGCGUCGUUAAACUUAAGACCCGUAAUGCUCAGGAGCUACUCUGUGUAGGCUCCGGCUUCUCACGGUCGCCUGUCUCUAGUGCUCAGCUUUACUCACGGGAAGCUUGUGUGUUAUCCUCACUGAGAUGUCUCCGCCCAUGUCUGUCAUUUUGUAAGCAUAUCAUUUUGUAACCAUACAAAAGAGGGCUUUUAAAAAGCCAUUUCUAGUACAUUAUUUUCAUUAUAAAGUUUUACUUUAUUAAAACAGCUAGCAAACUGAGCUAUUAUUAACCACAAUGUAUUAGUAUUUGUUGUAUUUUUGUAUUUCACUUUCUUUAUACUAUAUAACAUGGUAACCUGGGUACUGGGGGAACUUACUUUAAAAUUCCAUCCAAAAAAUAAUUUUAAAAAGGUCUGAGUUAACACCGUAUGUUAUAAAAGUUUGAGAUGGAAAUAUCUUACUGUAAGCUGAAUUACUCAUUUUUAAUUUUUACUGUUGUACAUAGGACCUAAAGUAGACACUGGAAUCCUGUACAGUCUUACUCAUGAAUAAAGCACUUACUGAAUCUAA